AUGUAUCCUCGCCUUUUAAAUCGUUUAUUAGUAAGUACUAUUCAUCGGUCGUUUACAAAUCAAUUACAUAGUAAUGGUCGACAACAGUAUCAAUGGUCACGAGCACGAUGGAAUUAUAAUAUUGCAACCUGUACUGGUAUUGCUGCUGUAGCUCUAUCAGGUGGUAUUGUAUUUGUAUUACAUGCUGCAACUGCAUCAUCUGAUAAAAAAUUAACAAAAUCACCCAAAAUUGAUUAUAAUGAUGUAAGUAGAUAA